AUAGACAAUGAUUAAUUAUCCCUAAUAUAUAGACCGCGACGUUGACGGGCACCGGGUUAAUCCAAAACAAAUAUUAAAUUACCAAAAAUGACUACGCUGCGACCAUUUACCUGUGAUGACCUUUUUAAAUUUAAUAACGUGAACUUUGAUCCGCUUACAGAAACAUACGGUCUCUCGUUUUACACACAAUAUCUGGCCAAAUGGCCCGAAUACUUUCAGCUGGCCGAAUCGCCCAGCGAGCACAUCAUGGGCUACAUCAUGGGCAAGGUUGAGGGACAUAUGGACAAUUGGCACGGACAUGUGACUGCGCUGACAGUCUCGCCCGACUACAGGCGCUUGGGUCUGGCGGCGCUGCUGAUGAGCUUCCUGGAAGACAUAUCGGAAAAGAAACGCGCCUACUUUGUGGAUCUGUUUGUGCGCAAAAGCAAUAAGGUGGCCAUCAAUAUGUAUACAAAUCUGGGCUAUAUUAUAUAUCGCACCAUACUCGAGUACUACUCGGGUGAUCAGGACGAGGAUGCGUAUGAUAUGCGUAAGGCGCUGUCCCGAGACGUGAACAAGAAAUCGGUUAUACCGUACACACAGCCUGUACGAUUGGAAGAUAUAGAUAUGAAUUGAUAUCCACCCAAUACUGCCCGCAUUCGCAUUUAUGUUUAACUGAACAUCAUGAUAAUUUACCAUAUACGAUUGGCACAAAAUUGCAUUCAGUUCGGCGCCGUGCUGCCGUUCUUCCAAAAUUUUAGUUAAUCAAUUAUCAAGCAACAACAGCAAAAAAAAUUGUAUCUAAUCCGGAGUUCUUAAGUUUGCCGUUACACACAAACACACACACACACACACACACACACACACACACACACACACACACACACACACACACACACACACACACACACACACACACACACACACACACACACAUAGACAGACACAAAGUUCUAAAUCUCCAAUCUAUUGCUAACCUUUUGAGCCCCAAACCCGUACAAACCCAAAAAAUACCCGAAAAAUAAGAACAACAAAUUCCAAGUUGGAUUACAAUCGAUAUUGCGUUCAUGUAAUCCGUUGUUAUGUUAAUAAUACUUAUUAUAUAUAUUUCUAUAUGACUUUGUUAUCAGUUUUAAAAAUGACAAGCCGAUUGUAACUACUGAACUUCAAGAUAACAAUGCGCGAAUUGCGCCACCAAAUGCGGCACGAGGCUUAGUCCGUAUCGAGGAUAUAUCUUCUAUAUACCGAACAGAUCAUCUCGAUAAGAUCAGACUGCCAGCGCUUACAACCCAAGUUCUGCCUUUUUAUUUGUUUAGCAAGAAAAUUAUAUUGAAAAUUUAUAGUUUUGCAAGCGAAUACACACAUGUUUCUUAAUUUAUAUCAAUGUACUAGCCGAUAUUACCCGGCGUUGCGCGGGCAUAGUUUGAAACUAGAUGUUUUUCGGACUGAAAUCAACAACAAAUCGAUAUAUUAAGUUUCUGUGACUGAUCAUGUUUAAUUUGUCAUAUCUUCAGUAGAUCAAACUAACUUAAUUUGUAUAUACAUAUAUGUGUGAGUGUGUGUGUGUCGUUUGCAUUACAAAGAAGUUUUUCAAAAAUAAAAGUAAAUUACAUUUUGAUUGAAAAUUAGAAAUAGCUAACUUUCAUUACAAUUAUAGAAGAGCUGUAAAAUAUACGUUUUAGAUACAUAUUGAAAAUA